AUGUUAUGUCCUGUGUGUAUAGGAAAAAGACAUUUGUCUCACAGUAAUAAUCUGAGAAACCAUGGAAACAACGAGGAGAAACAUGAAGAAAAGGAUGAAGAAGAAGAAGACGAAGACACUUCGUACAACAUUGACUGCUACAAGGAGAAACAUAAUCACGAUGAUAAAGACGAUGGGAGUGAUGGAUGUGCAGAAACUAAGCCGAAACAGCAAGAUAGUGGUUACAUCUUAAGUCAAGGCUCAGACACCAUUAGAUGUAUUGACCAUGGUAGUAAAUACGACAGCUCUGCAGGGAGUGUGAAUGGUCAUCAGAAUAACAGCGACAUGCAGGAAGCAUAUAGCCAUAUGACCAAUGCAAAUGGUUAUGUUCAGAACAGAGCAUCUGGUGAUAACCAAAAGGACACUGCAGGGAAUGUAAGUGGUUAUCAAAACAACAGCGACGUGCAGGAAGUAUAUAGCCAUAUGGCAAAUGCAAAUGAUUAUGUUGAGAACAUAGCAUCUGGUGAUAACCAAACGAACUCUGAAGGGAAUGUGAAUGGUUGUCAAAACAACAGCGACAUGCAAGAUAUGUACAGCCAUAUGGCAAAUACAAAUGGUUAUGUUGAGAACAGAGUAUCUGGUGAUUACCAAAAGACCACAACAGGGAUUGUGUAUGAUUGCGAGAAUAACAUAGAGACGGAGGAGGUGAAUAUCCAAAUGACAAAUGCUAAGAAGGAGUGCGACAGAAAUCAGAACCAAGAAGAAUGCAAUGUCUUUGCUAACGACAAAAUAGCAGAUAAGGUUGAAAAUAAAUCUGGCAUGCAAGAAAUACAACAAGAUAAAGAAAGCUAUAAGAAUGCACUUGACUCUGGAAGUCAGGAUAACUUUUACCAGCUCGAGAAUAGUUCCAAUGAAUAUUUAGUAGAUAAAAACAACCAUCGUGACGAUACAAGGCGUGAAAGAUAUUGUAAGCACUGCAUUACUACUGAGCUGACGGGUAAAGACAAUUUAUGCAUUAUGAAAUGUAUUGAAUUGAUGUGCAAUAAAGAAAAGAAAAUUAGGUGUGAAGAUAAUAGUGGCAUUGCUAACACUCAUAAUAUUCUUUACCACCAAAUAGAAAAAGAGGGAAAACUUAGCGACAACUGUAGAAACUAUGACAUUGGUUGCAGUAGUCAGUAUCUCAAUGGAUCUAAAAAACAGAGUUGCUCUGUUAUUGAAGAUGAUAUGUUUGGCUGUGACGACAUAUCAAAUGAACAAGAUUAUCACAGCUAUCUUUCAUCAUAUAUAAAUGAGAAAGAUGUAAAAGCUGUAACUGGAAAUCCCACCGAAAAGGAUAUUAUGUUUGGACAAAAUACCACAGAGAAAAAUGGUAAAAACAAAGAAUAUGAUCAAGAAGAGAUAAAAAAUGGCAAUAAAAAAGUUGAUUGCAAUAUUGACAAUAACAAAGAAAAGAAACAUCACGAUGAAGAUAAUAGAGGGAGUGUAUGUGAGAACAACAGAAAAAUACAAUGUGAUGACACUCAAAACACAAUUGGCAACGACGAAAAGAAACAUCACGAUGAAGAUAAUAGAGGGAGUGUAUGUGAGAACAACAGAAAAAUACAAUAUGAUGACACUCAAAACACAAUUGGCAACAACGAAAAGAAACAUCACGAUGAAGAUAAUAGAGGGAGUGUAUGUGAGAACAGCAGAAUAAUACAAUAUGGUGACGCUCGAAAUACAAUUAAAAAUAAAGGAGAAACGAAACAUCACGAUGAAGAUAAUAGAGAGAAUGUGUAUGUGAGAACAGCAGAAAAAUACAUGAUGAGCAUGAAAAAGAGUGUAAGUGAGGACAGCAGAAAGAUUCAAUAUAAUGAAGCUCGAAACACAACUGACAACAAAGAAAAGAAUCAUCGCAAUGAAGAUAACGAAAGUGUAUGUGAGGACACCAAAACAAUGCAAUAUGAUGCCACUCAAAAUACAAUAAAAAAUAAUAACGAAAAGAAACUUCGCGAUGAUGAAGAUAAUACACGGAGUGUACGUGAGGACAGCAAAACAGAACAAUAUGAUGCUUAA